CUAAAGGUAGAUGAAGGGGCGUAUCACUUAGAUGCUUGAACCUGCGGCACUGGGCAACCAAUCACAGGACCAAAGGAUUCUCAUACCUUGAGGUGCAAACCUGGGCUAAGAUGUUGAAGCCAAGCGGACUUAAAAUUCCUGGGAGGACCGGGAAGCAUGCCAGUCCAGUGGGACGUCCUGGUGGGACAACAGCAACUGCUUCCACAACCAGCAAUGCCACAAAAGAAGGAUCACCUCUCCACAAACAGGGUUCCACGUCUUCCACAGGUGCCUCCGAGAAGCUGCCAGGGUCAAAAAUUGCUGAGGUGGGCGAUGAUUUCCUGGGGGACUUCGUGAUGGGUGAACGUGUUUGGGUGAAUGGAGUGAAGCCAGGCAUAAUCCAGUAUUUGGGAGAGACCCAGUUUGCCCCUGGUCAGUGGGCAGGAGUUGUUCUAGAUGACCCGGUUGGGAAGAAUGAUGGUUCUGUAGGCGGAGUGCGUUACUUUGAAUGCCAGCCACUCCAGGGGAUCUUCACAAGGCCUUCCAAGUUGACCCGCCAACCCACAACGGAGGGCUCAGGAAGCGAUGCUCAUUCUGUGGAGUCUCUGACAGCUCAGAACUUGUCCUUGCACUCCGGGACUUCCACCCCACCUCUUUCCACUCGCGUCAUUCCUCUGCGGGAGAGUGUUCUCAACAACACCAUGAAGACUGGAAAUGAAUCUGGUUCCAACCUCUCAGACAGCGGAUCGGUGAAAAAAGGGGAUAAAGACUUCAGACUUGGGGACCGUGUCCUU